AUGGGGGACGCAAAGACCGCGUCUGAGCGAUACCAGAAAAUUUCGCAACUGGAACAUAUUCUCAAGAGGCCAGAUACAUACGUGGGUUCUGUGGAGGUACAAGAGCAGGUACAAUGGAUUCACAAUGAGGAAACAGAUUGUAUGGAGGAGCGGGAAGUUAAGAUUGUUCCUGGUUUGUUCAAGAUAUUUGAUGAGAUUCUCGUUAAUGCGGCCGACAAUAAGGUUCGUGACCCAACAAUGAAGAAAAUAGAGGUCACAAUCAACAAAGAAGAGAACCUGAUUGAAGUUAAAAAUGACGGGAAAGGAAUUCCAAUUGAAAUUCAUGAAAAGGAGCAGAUUUACAUCCCUGAGAUGAUCUUUGGGCACCUGUUAACGUCGUCUAAUUAUGACGAUGAUGAGAAAAAAGUUACCGGUGGUAGAAAUGGGUAUGGCGCCAAGCUUUGCAAUAUUUUUUCGUCUGAGUUUAUUCUCGAAACCGCCGACCCCACGAAAGGUGAGAAAUACGUUCAAAAGUGGGAGAAUAACAUGACUCUAUGUCACAAGCCCAAAAUAACGUCUUACAAAAAAGGGCCCUCAUACACCAAGGUUUCGUUUCGGCCUGAUCUCAAACGUUUUGGCAUGGAAAAUCUCGACACUGACACGGUGGGUGUCAUGCGUCGCCGAGCUUUUGACAUUAACGGAUCUGUCAGAGACGUAAGUGUCUACCUCAACGGGAAAAGUCUCAAAAUCCGUAACUUCAAAAACUAUGUUGAGCUCUAUCUCAAAUCCCUAGAGAAGAAAAAAUCCGAGGAAAAUGGAGCAGAAGCGGGUAAAACACCUACGAUUCUCUACGAAAGGCUCAAUGACAGAUGGGAAAUAGCUUUUGCGGUAUCCGAUGUUUCCUUUCAACAGAUAUCCUUCGUCAAUUCGAUAGCUACUACUUCUGGCGGUACUCACGUUAAUUAUGUGUCUGAUCAAAUCGUGAAGAAGAUCACAGAGGUAUUGAAAAAGCGAAAAAAAGGUAAAAUCAUCAAGGGCUUCCAGAUCAAGAACCAUAUGUUUUUGUUUAUCAACUGUCAAAUUGAAAAUCCUGCGUUCACAUCGCAAACAAAGGAACAGCUCACAACACGCGUGAAAGAUUUCGGCUCGAAAUGUGACAUCAAGGAUGACUUCAUCAACAAGGUUAUGAAGACUGAAUUAGCAGACAAAAUAUUCGAAAUCGCUGAUCAGAAUGAGGAUAAGGCACUGCAAAAGUCCGACGGUUCAAGGAAAAAUAGGAUUACGGAUUAUGCUACUUUGGAAGAUGCUAAUAUGGCGGGUACAAGACAGAGUCACAAAUGCACCUUAGUUCUAACCGAAGGUUUGUCAGCUCAAUCCUUGGCGGUCGCUGGGCUGGGCGUUGUCGGACGUGAUUACUACGGAUGCUAUCCAUUACGCGGUAAAAUGCUGAAUGUGAGAGAAGCCAGCGCUGAACAGAUCAACAAAAAUGCUGAAAUUCAAGCCAUUAAAAAGAUUGUAGGAUUGCAACACAGAAAAAAGUACGAGGAUGUAAAGAGCUUACGUUAUGGACAUAUCAUGAUCAUGACAGAUCAAGAUCACGACGGUUCGCAUAUUAAGGGUCUGAUCAUAAACUUUCUCGAGAGUUCUUUCCCGGGCCUUCUUGAUAUACCGGAAUUCCUCAUAGAGUUCAUUACGCCGAUCGUUAAGGUCACAACAACAAAACCACAGCGUAGUGUUCUUCCAUUCUACACAAUGCCCGAUUAUGAAAGGUGGAGGGAUAACGAGAGCCAUAAAUUCACUUGGAAACAAAAGUAUUACAAAGGUCUGGGGACUUCAUCCUUGCAAGAAGCCAGAGAGUAUUUCUCUGAUCUUGACACACAUUUGAAAAAGUUUCAUGCCCUAGAAGGUGACGAUAGUCUCCUGAUUGAUCUAGCUUUCUCGAAGAAGAAGGCUGAUGAACGUAAGGAAUGGCUGAGGCAGUAUGAGCCCGGUAAUACUUUAGAUCCUGCGCUUUCUGAAAUUCCAAUUUGCGAUUUUAUCAACAAAGAGCUCAUUUUGUUCUCUUUAGCUGAUAACAUAAGAUCCAUCCCUUCGGUACUGGACGGCUUCAAGCCCGGUCAGCGUAAAGUCCUGUUCAGUUGUUUCAAGAGAAAACUGAGAGGUGAGAUCAAGGUUGCUCAGCUGAUCGGUUACGUUUCUGAGCACACCAAUUAUCAUCAUGGUGAGAUGUCACUAGCUCAGACCAUUGUUGGGAUGGCUCAAGACUUUGUGGGCUCGAACAACAUCUACCUUUUGAAGCCGAAUGGUGCAUUUGGUACUAGAGCUACUGGUGGUAAAGAUUCAGCGGCUCCUCGUUACAUUUUUACAGAAUUGAGCAAAAUCACACCUGCAAUUUUCAACCCACUGGAUAAUCCACUACUCAAUUACAUUCAGGAAGACGGCCAAGCAAUUGAGCCACAAUGGUAUCUUCCUAUACUUCCUAUGGUGUUAGUCAAUGGUGCUGAAGGAAUCGGUACCGGUUGGAGCACAAACAUUCCACCUUUUGAUCCCAUACAUAUUGUUCAGAACCUCAAGAGGUUGAUGAACGGUGAAGAAAUGCACGAAAUGACUCCUUAUUACAGGGGAUGGAAAGGAAGUUUGGAGAAGAUUGAUGGACAGCGUUAUAGAAUGUACGGAAGGAUUGAGCAGGUGGGGCCAAAUAUUCUUGAAAUCACCGAACUUCCAGCUAAAACCUGGAUGUCCACCAUAAAGGAACAUCUUCUGCUUGGACUGGCAGGUAGUGACAAAGUCAAGAAGUGGGUCGAGGAUAUGCAAGAGAAUCAUGGCGCGACCAUCAAAUUCACCGUGACCUUGUCAGACGAAGAAAUGGCCAAAACGAAGAAAAUGGGAUUUUAUGAAAGGUUCAAACUUAUUUCUAGUAUAAAUCUUGGAAACAUGGUUGCUUUUGAUCCUCAAGGCCGAAUCAAGAAAUAUGAAGAUGCCAGAGAAAUUUUAAGUGACUUCUUCUACGUUAGACUGGAGUACUUCCAGAAGAGAAAAGAUUAUAUGUCUGAGCGACUGCAAUGGCAGGUCGAAAAAUUGUCUCAGCAAAUCCGCUUUUUGCAAUUGAUUGUCGAGCGCAAGUUUACCGUCAGCAACAAAUCGCGUGUGCUUCUCUUUACAGAAUUGGAAGAGCUCGGGUUUCCCAAAAUAAAUUCUGAAGGAAGGCUUUAUUAUGGAAAGUUAGAGGAUGCGGAUAACGGGAGCGAGUUGAAGGUGGAAAUGGAGGAUGGCGACGAUGUUGUGGAGAAUGAUGCCGAGGACGAAGUGAACGGACCUCGAGAGAAAUAUGGAACUUUUGAGUACCUACUGGGAAUGAAGAUCUGGUCGCUCACGAAGGAGAAAUAUGAAAGCUUGAUGAGACAACGGCAAGAAAGAGAGGUGGAACUCAAUGCAUUAUUGAGCCUCUCUGCCAAAGAUCUGUGGAAUCAAGACCUUGAUACAUUUAGCCAGGCGUACAAAGUUUUCAUGGAGCAAGAUGAACUAAUACGCAACAGCGUAACUCCUGAUGCAACUUCGAAACAGAAGGGAAAGCGCAAGAGGCCUAAGGCUAGUGAUGCGGACUAUGACCCGAGUCGCAAGAAAAAGAAACCCAAGGCUGCUACUUCGGCCAAGGUGAAGGUGGAGGUUGAAAGCUUUGAGCCCGUGCUGCUUGAGCAAAAAGCGUUGGAGAAGGUGAAACGGACUCCGAAGGUAAAGGAUGAGAACCAGCCUACGCUUGAGGGUCUUCUUGGGAAAGGUAAAAAGCAAGGAUCUGCGCUAGUCAAAGGUGAGCCGAUGUCCCGGUCUGUGUCAGGGUCAGCAACCCCACGGGAAAACUCACCAGAGUCGCUCAAAAGCGAAGCCUCUGCUGUAACUAGUGUGUCAGAGAACCCCAAUGUGGAACAGAAGAAGUUAGAGUCCGAGAAUGAAGAUACAAUGAGUGUUUUCUCCAGCAAAUUUAAGCAGGCUAGCGCUCUUUUCGACGCAUCCGCUGCUUCCACGGAUCCAGUUCCCAAUGCACAGCUCGCAAAACCAAAAACUACCAAGAAACCGACAGUGCGCAAGACUGUCACACCCAAGGCACGCAAGAAAAUAGCUAAUAUGGUUGAUGACGAUGAUGACGAUGAUGACGAGGAUGAAGAUGGCGAGGAGGAUGAUAAAAAGUUUGAUGGCAGCAGUGACAAUGACAGUGAUGAACCUCGCAUGAUUACCCCAAGAGAACCACGCAGUCGUCGUGGUGCUGCCCGGAACUCACAACCCCGCUCCUACGCAGAAACCACGGCUCUAACAGACGAAGAUGAUGUUGAGAACGACGUUGACGAUGUUGAUGCAUCUGUGAUCAUCGACGACGAAUCUGACGUCGAUGAUGAAUCCUUCCAGGCGUCCCAAUGA